GCUGGAUGGUCCACAGUGAUGAAACAGCUUGGUGAUGAGAGUUUUUGAGAACUUUACAAGAGCGAUACGGUAGUGUCAGCCUUGAUUGACAGUAACACAAGGAAAAGUAGGCGUUCCUGACCCAGUGUCGUUACACAUCACUGCCCGUCAGUCCAGCGAUAAAAACCUGAUGUGUACAACAACCAAACCAUGAAGAUGUUUURUAGUCUUGUCAUUAUUCUUAUUUUUAACCAACAYAAAGUAUUAUCGAGUCGAGAAAAAGUUCAAAAGUUUGAAUGGGGCGAUGCUGAGUAUGAAGAUACAGUCCCCGUACGAGUAAACCAGGCUGGURAAGCUGUCUAUCCGGAGAACAAACAAUUUUUAUCCUUCGAUAAUAGAGRUGUAAACAGAGGCUCUUUGUACUAUAAUGUGAGAGGCUUUGGAAGAACAUUUAGGCUUGUGUUGACCCAAGACCACAGCUUUGURUCGCCGGGUCUCAAAGUGGAAUAUGUAUUUAGUGAAUUAAAAACACUACAACUGCCUGGAGACCUUGGAUAUUGUCUAUAUCGUGGCCGUCUGCAAGACAGUGCUUCAAGUGCAGUGUUCAACCUUUGCAACGGAAUCCAAGGAUCGUUCAUUACRGAUGGACACGAGUUCUUUAUCGAGAAGAGACAAGGACAAAAAGGAAAUUCCAGUAAUAUUCACAUUAUAUACCGACGAUUGAAUACAGUUAAAGAGAAAAGCCGCGAUUCUCAAACAUUCUGCGGUCUCRAAGACACCUCAAUGUCAAUAACAGAUUAUAAGCAUCUGCAUGAUAGAGUUGUAAAUGGGUUCAAAAGGAGAAGAAGCAAACGAUAUUUGGACGCUGCGUUUGUAGAGACGAUGGUAGCAGUCGACCGUACGAUGGUCGAGGCAUUUCCUAAUAAAGCUGAACUUCAGAGCUUCCUCAUAACUGUCAUGGGACUAGUUGCAAAAAUCUACUCACACGAAUCCAUAGGCAAUUACAUCAAAGUGGUUUUGGUCAAAAUAUUUAUCCUGGAAAACGAUAUGCCAGAACUGAAGAUCACGUCAAAUGCAGCCAAUACUUUAUCGAGUUUUUGUCGAUGGCAAAAGAAAAUGAACAAAGCCAGUGAUAGUGACAAUGAACACUACGAUACCGCCAUCCUUAUCACAAAGCAUGACCUCUGCAGAGCAAAAGGACGAUGUGACACCUUAGGUCUUGCACACAUGGGGACUAUAUGUGAACCAAGACGAAGUUGUGCUAUUGUUGAAGCUACUGGUCUUAAUACUGCUUACACCAUUGCUCACGAAAUGGCGCACAUUUUCGAUAUCCCUCAUGAUGGUGAUAAUAACAAUUGUACAAGUGAUCGUGGUCUGUCAAAYAUUAUGGCACCUACUUUAAGUUACUAUACCUCGCCUUGGAAAUGGUCUCCCUGCAGCAGAAGGGCCAUAUCAGAGACUUUUGAUUUAGGAUAUGCUGAGUGUCUGAAGGAUCGUCCUGAUCCUCGUCGUGAAGGCCUGUAYGAUCGUAAGCUGCCUGGAGAAUUGUACUCKGCUGAUCAACAAUGUCAAAUGCUUUACGACAAACAAAGUGUUCCUUGCUCUAAUGUGGAAGUCUGUCGACGACUGUGGUGCCAAACAGAGGUCAGUAAAACAAAACGUCAAAGAGGCUGUAAAACCCAUCACCUUCCAUGGGCUGACGGUACUCCUUGCGGAGAAAACAAGUGGUGUAUUAGAGACAAAUGCGUUCCUAAACGGCGUCUUCGAGUAGUUCAAGGUAACUGGGGAAGUUGGAGUUCCUAUGGMCCGUGCAGUCGUACUUGCGGUGGUGGGAUAACAUUUGCUACAAGAAAAUGUGAUAAUCCUGCACCAGAAAAUGGAGGAACGUACUGUUGGGGUSCGAGGAAAAGGUUUCGAUCUUGUAAUACCGAUGAGUGCCCUCCCUAUUCUCGUGACUUUAGGACGCUUCAGUGCCAAAGGCUCAACGGCAAGAAUCUGUACGGUGGAUUAGGCAUCAAAAAUGCCACUUUUAUUCCUAAAUAUCUAAAGAAAAGGGCGGAUCAGUGUAAACUGUAUUGCCAAGUGAACGGCAACUCCAUGUGGUUCAAAUUAGCUACCAAAGUCAUCGAUGGAACGCGUUGCAAUACGGAAUCAUAUGAUGUUUGUGUAGAMGGCCAAUGUCGAAAAGCUGGUUGUAAUAACGUGGUGGGUUCUAAUACUAGGAAUGAUGUUUGUGGUGUUUGUGGCGGAGAUGGUUCCUCAUGCAGAAAACAUACUGGAUACUUUAACAAGAAGCCCAAGUAUGGUUAUAAUUUUGUGUACGACAUUCCAGUUGGGUCAACGAAUGUUGUGAUCAAACAAUAUGGCAUGAAGAAAAAUGAUGUCAAUUAUCUAGUACUUCAAAGUGUGGGAAGGAACAAAAAAGGACUUCUCAAUUCCUUGGCAGUAGUGAUAAGCGGGGUUCGCGAGAUAAACCAUCAUGGUGUUACAAUAUGGUACUCAGGAAGUGAUAAAGAAAUCGAGGAGAUUAGAAUAUAUGGUAAAACAAAACAACUAUUGAGGCUAAAGGUUCUCUCCAUUGAAAGUCCAGAAAAUGACGAGACUGUAAAACCAAAAAUAACUUAUUCUCUUAACGUUCCUUACAUUGGUCCUGCGCGUUUUUACUGGAGCAAAUUUGGCGAGUGGUCGCCGUGUAACCGCGUCUGUCGAGGUAGAAGGAGACGUAAAAUACUUUGCAUACGCCGUGAUGACAACAAAGUUGUCGGCAGAAAGAAGUGCAGACGUUAUCGAAAGCCCAACAAGAUCGUAGAACAGUGCAACACACACUGUAGUCUCAGAUGGUUUAAAUCAAGGAUCGGACAAUGUUCCACUCUCUGCGGUAAAGGUACGCAAGUACAGCACGCACGCUGCGUCAUCGACCAUGGACGUAAACUGGAAUUCGUAACGGACGAUUCAUGUAAACACAUCCCUAGACCACCUAAACAAGURCCUUGCAAGGGACCAUGCAAGACGAGCUGGACGUAUACAAACUGGUCGAAAUGUUCUAAGUCGUGUGGUUCAGGGAUACAACAAAGGUUUGUCAACUGUAUCAACAGCGCUGGUGAUUACGUAGCCGACAAGGAUUGCAAGCUUUCAGACAGACAAAUACUACAGAAGUCUUGCUUUGAACAAGAAUGUCCCAUAUGGGUUGCUGAUCGGUGGACUUCGUGCUCCGCGACAUGUGGUAGAGGAGUUGAAUGGAGAAAAGUGACUUGUUCAGUACACGGUAAACAAUUCCACGCCUCGUCAUGUGACAAAAAACAACGUCCAACAGAAAGGCGAUCUUGCUCGCGUGAAAGAUGUCCUUCCUGGGUGAUGUCCCGGUGGUCUGAGUGUUCAGUUACUUGUGGAAAGGGAUUUCAGGAACGCCAGGUUCUUUGUCGUUCAGCAUCCAAUAGAGUCUUGAUUUCUAAUAUCAAAUGCGAUACGUCUGAAAAACCUGAAAGUCGACAAGAGUGUAUAAAACCAGCUUGYCCCGUCAGCAUACAGGCUACUCCAAACAAUAAUAGAUGGCUGGAAGGAGGUUGGAGUGAGUGUUCAGUGACUUGUGGUAGAGGUUUWAAAAGGCGAAGAGUGAUAUGCAGUGAUUCACUAGGAGAGGAGAUUGACAUGUCAAACUGCGAUAAAAACAUCAAACCCAAGACAGAGGAAGAAUGUCUSCUWAAGUCUUGUACGUCAUGGAAGUUCGGUCUGUGGGGAAUGUGCUCCAAGUCUUGUGGAACAGGACUUCARCUGCGYAUAGUGAAGUGUGCCUACGAUAGCUGGGAGGUAGCUGAUGAUAAGCUAUGUAAAGGAAUGACAAAACCAGUAGACCAUCGACCAUGCGAGAUUCAACCAUGUCGACAAACUCCAACUAAAUUUUAUGAACCAACUCGUGAGCACACUACAACAGUUAGGAUUUCACGUUGGGAUAAGGGGGAAUGGGGACAGUGUUCUGUCACCUGUGGAAGUGGUUUGAGGAGAAGGUCAGUUACGUGUCGGUACAUCGGCGGAGGGUUUAGUAACCGUUGUUCUUCAAACAAUAAACCAAAAAGUACUUCAGUUUGUGAACUUGUGCUGUGUCCGCGAUGGAAAACAGGGGACUGGAAUCAGUGUUCCAAGACUUGUGGUGGUGGAGUGGCGUAUCGUCCUGUCAUGUGUUCYAGAGAAGACGGUGGCUGUAAUAAUUCAUCCAAACCAAAAGAAAUGCAAGAAUGCAACAAUCAGAAAUGUCCCCAAUGGACUGCUGGAUCGUGGAAUGAGUGCUCAGUAACCUGUGGGGGUGGUACGCAGUCAAGAAUUAUAAAGUGUCAAAAUGGACCAUGCGAUUCCAAAUCAAAACCAAUUACAACGAACAAAUGCAAUGUUCAACAAUGUCCGAAGUGGAUAGCACAAAAAUGGAGUUCAUGUUCCGUGUCCUGUGGUAAAGGUACCGUUACUCGACAAGUCUCAUGUAGUACAGAAAACAAGUGCAAUGAGAAGACAAAACCACUAAUGCAGAAACAUUGUUACAUGCCAGUCUGUCCUUCCUGGACAGCUGAACCAUGGAGCAAGUGCUCAGUAUCAUGCGGUAAUGGCAUUCAGAGAAGAAGAAUAACUUGUCAACCGCCAUCUGGUCGCUGUGAUCGACGUUUAAAGCCAGAUAUCACCAAACGUUGUAAUCCUGGACUUUGUCCGGCAUGGAUAGCAAGCGAGUGGAGCAAGUGUUCUGCCAGCUGUGGUGAGGGUAUCAGACGAAGAGAUGUGGAKUGCAACUCGACUAUWUUUAAAUGUGAUGAUAAAAUACGACCAGUAAAUGCAGAGAGAUGCAGGCUGGAAUAUUGUCCUCAAUGGACGUUUGGACAAUGGAGCCAGUGUUCAUCGUCCUGUGGUGAUGGUGUACAAAAGAGAAAUGUCACGUGCCAACCAACCUCAGCAAGAUGUGAUGACUCGUUAAAACCGGAAAAUACCAAAAUCUGUAAUCGUGGACAUUGUCCUGCGUGGACUGUUGGAGCGUGGAGCAAAUGCUCAGUCAGUUGUGGUGAUGGUACAAGAACAAGAACAGUUGAAUGUAACUCUACAGUGUUCAAUUGUGAUCCUAGUCUACAACGUCCUAGUAUUGUACAGAGGUGUAACCGUGGAAAGUGUCCUGUGUGGACUGCUGGACUGUGGAGUGAGUGUUCGUCGUCGUGUGGUAAAGGCAUACAAAUGCGAAGUAUAAAAUGUCAACCACUUUCAUCAGAAUGUGACAGUCGUACAAAACCCAAGAACUAUCGAGUGUGUAACCUGGGAGGAUGCCCGGUCUGGCAGGCACAGCCUUGGUCCCAGUGCUCUGUGAGCUGUGGCGAUGGUGUACGGACACGAACGGUUCGCUGUAAGUCGGCCAUCUUUGAAUGCGAUGAGAAGUUACGACCACAGAACUCCGAAAGAUGUAAUCUUGAUCGAUGUCCAGUAUGGAAAGCGGGUCUUNUUAUAAUUCUCAGUGCUCAGUCAGUUGUGGUGAUGGUACAAGAACAAGAACAGUUGAAUGUAACUCUACAGUGUUCAGUUGUGAUCCCAGUCAACGUCCUUCUAUUGUACAGAGUUGUAACCGUGGAAAGUGUCCUGUGUGGACUGCUGGACUGUGGAUGUUCUUCCUCGUGUGGAGAGGGUUUCCAGAAUCGAGAAGUAAAAUGUGACYCACCAAAUGCRAGAUGYAACAAUAAACUCAAGCCUGAACAUAUUAAAYCAUGUAAUCUUGGAACUUGUCCUGGCUGGACGACGGGACUAUGGACCAAAUGCUCUGUUAGUUGUGGURAUGGAGUAAAAACAAGAUCAGUUCGUUGUAACUCAACUGCCUUGAAAUGCAAUCGACAAACACGUCCUGUAAAUGUUGGAAGAUGCAAUCCUGGACCCUGCCCUGUUUGGAAUACUGGACGUUGGAGUGUAUGUUCUGUGACGUGUGGUCAAGGAGUAAGGUCACGUGAUGUGGAGUGUAGUACCCGUGAUGCUCCAUGUUCAUCAUCCAAACCACCAUCACAAAGGGCAUGCAUAAUGGAUCCUUGUCCACAGUGGAUUGCAGGACGGUGGGAGGAGUGYUCUGUGACAUGUGGUGAUGGAGUUCAAAAACGUUCAGUGACCUGUAAUACUGGAGAAGGCAAUUGUGACUCUGAAAAUAAACCAAAUGAGCUCCAGAACUGUGAACGAGUACCGUGUCCUCGAUGGAUUUCUGAAAGCUGGAGCGAGUGUUCUGUUAGCUGCGGAAAUGGUGUACAAACUAGAGAGGUUACAUGUGAUUCAGAUCGUGUACCAUGUGAUAAAAAUAUUAAACCUGAUACAAGACGAGUAUGCAAUACACAUAAAUGUCCCACAUGGAAGACUGACGCAUGGAGUGAGUGUUCUGUUAGCUGCGGAAAUGGUGUACAAACUAGAGAGGUUUGUUCAGUUAGCUGCAAUAGCGGAGUCCAGUUUCGAAAUGUCAGAUGUGACUUUAAACAUGGACCAUGUCCAGACAUGAAUAAUCGACCAAGGAAUACGAAAAGAUGUGUAAAGCCAGCCUGCGCAGAAUGGAUCACAUCUGAAUGGAGCAAAUGUUCUGUGGGUUGUGGUAAUGGAGUACAAUCGCGAUCUGUGGUAUGUAGCAACUCAGAAGCUAAGUGCAAUGAAUCUAUUAAACCAUCGACACAAAAAGACUGUAAAAUCAUGGAUUGUCCUUCAUGGAAAACUGGUGAAUGGUCCAAGUGUUCAAGAACAUGUGGAACGGGAAUAACAAGUCGACAAGUACAAUGUGUGAGAGGUAAACAACGCGUGGACUCAUCUUUGUGUAAAAGAUUUGAAAAACCGCCUUCACGAAAACUGUGUGAGCUGCGGGAAUGCAUACAUGGAACAUACUGGAAGAAAGGAAAAUGGGCAAAGUGUUCAACUCAAUGUUCUAAAGGCUUACAGAUCAGGCAAGUAACUUGUGCUGCAAGAAAUGGUACGAAGAUCAACUAUAUUUUCUGCAGAGGGCGAAAGCCGAGAGUUGUCAGGAUCUGUAAUGAACAUAAGCAAUGUGGAAGCUGGGAAAUAGGCCCGUGGGGAAAGUGUUCAACAUCAUGUGGUGAUGGUGUCAGAUCACGUGCCGUUCGUUGUCUUUAUAAUCUAGAAUAUAGCGAAGAAGAUUGUGAURCGUCUACUCGGCCAAUUGCACGUAAAGCUUGUUCUAAUCGAUACUGCCCUUUGGCCUCGAAACUAUUCGCCUGGAGAACAUCACUGUGGAGUAAGUGCUCACGUACGUGUGGAUACGGAAGGAAAUCGCGACGUGUUACGUGUAGUGACGCCCAAGGUGGACAGGUCUCAAGUAAAUACUGUGAUCAGAAAGCAAAACCUGCUGAGUUUGUACCGUGUUUUGAAGUAAGAUGUCCCCCGAAGUGGAAGUUUGGUGACUGGUCUGAAUGUUCACGGACUUGUGGUGCCGGUUAUCAGGUUCGACCCGUUACGUGUGAGGGUGUGCCAGGUGUAGGAGACUGUGAUCUAAGGAAGAAACCACCAACUUGGAGGCAUUGUAACUUUGGCCCCUGUAGUAGAGAGUUUUURUGGAAGAUUGGGCCUUGGACGAGAUGUUCCGUUAGUUGUGGUGUAGGUGUUAUAGAGAGGUCUGUCAGAUGCACAGAUCACAAUGGUACACAAAGAAAAGACUCGUUCUGCAGGCUCCCUGCAUUAAAACCAGACAAAACUCGACCUUGUCGCAUGGCACCAUGUACGCCACGAACAUGUAGGGAAAUACAGCUGACCAGUGGAUUGCAGGCCGAUGGGGAGCACGUACUUGAAAUACAGGGCAAACUACGCAAGAUCUAUUGCCAUGGCAUGACUACAAACAACCCCAGGGAAUACAUUACCCUAAAGGCAGGCUAUAACGAAAAUUUUGCAGAAGUUUAUUCAAAAAGAUUGCGCAACCCUAAUACAUGUAACGUGAACGAAUCUCACUCAGAUAAAUGUUCAUGUCACACGGAUAUUUACAAGGAAUCUGGUGGAUCUUACUUCUCUAAAAUACGAUUAGACAUUUCAAMAAUGACUAUAGAUGUUGAUGAUUUAGAGUUUGCGAUGACAAGAGGUAACAAAUUCCCGUCAUAUGGUACUGCAGGGGAUUGCUACAGCACAGUUAACUGUCCACAAGGUCGGUUCAGUAUUAAUCUUAAAGGGACAGGAUUCCAAUUAUCACUGGAUGUAAGGUGGACAAGUCACGGACAAUCAUCUUCCCAAGAUAUUUACUUUUAUCCUGAAGGAGAAAAGAUAUUUGGUAAAUGUGGUGGUUAUUGUGGUACCUGUAAACCCGAUAGAGGACUUCGACUAGUAAUGAGUAAAGGAAACGAACUAGGGUGAAAAUAGUAGGCUAAAUUUUCAAAUUGGAGUGUAAAUAUUUGUUAUAUAGUUAUGUAUAGUGAUAUAUCUUGCUUGCGUCUUACAAUUACCAUAUCUAUGUGUGGUAAUUCUCUUAUGUGGUCUUCCUGUGGUAAGGAAAAGCGAACAUUCGUACCAAAUGUUUUAGUUUUGGCCACAGGGAUCCCAUACAUUCGAAAUGACGACGAUGUUUAGACAUCAACAACAAGAGACAAACUAAAGUUCAAUUUUAUCUAAAUUAGUUCAUAUCAAAUGCUAAUGGCGGGGAUUUGUAUUUUGAAAAAUUCGUUGAGGCUUCAAAUUGAAAUAUUUUGAUUAAAACUAGUAUUUGAGAUAAAUAUAUAUUAUAUUAUCAAAGCAACAUUUCAAAUUAGUAAAUUAUAGUAAUUGCCAAAUAUAGAUUUGCUUACCAAAUAUGGACGACUGCUAAGAAUCGAUAAUAUAUUACCAAAUAUGGAAUAAUCAAGUUUUAUUUUAAAUCAUUCUUAUAAAAAGCUUUGAAAAUAUUCCGCCAAGCGCGCAAUGAAUUACUGUUACUGAUUACACUUUGCAAAACAAGUUUUUUUUAUAUAAGUUUUCAUGAUUAAGGUCUCUCUAAUACGAACGCCUCAGAUCGUGCGAGUGCCCGUUUUAUAGAGGGUUACAAGUCAGAUCUGUUGUAGAACUGUCCGAAAUAUAGAGGUUAUUAUUAAUAGGUGCCCGUGAUAUUGAGGUGUCCGUUAUAUAGAGGUACCUCUGGUUGAAGAGGUUUUCAGUGUUGCCUUACCGAGUACCAUAGGGGGGUCCAUUGUAUUGAUAGGGAUAUCUGCCCUUUUUAAUUCCAAGCUUAUGCAAGUUAUAUUUAUUAUAAAUAUUAUUUAACAGAUUUAAGGACUUUUAUCACUUAUAAAGUCAUCUUGUUAGGGAAUACAAAGUAAGCUUCUGGAAUUGUUGAUAAACUGUUAUGCAUUGGAGAACAGAGUCGAUUUAUUUCCUAUGAAUGGAAAAUGCUCAUAACCUCGAAGACUUGUCGUUACCGUAUCGAGGCCCAGUCGUAGCCGUGUCGAAGACUUAUCGUCUCAAUACUCCAGUUUCGAAUUCUCUUUUGUGCAAGCUUAGCUUCAAUCAAGUAUAAAUUGUUUAUUGUCUUCUUUGUACACAGACUGUUUUCAUUACAAUAAAUUCUCUGCUGAAUAAAAGAA